GGUCAGAUUGAGAAAGCUCGCUACUGGACGUGUUUCGGCUCGGUGAGAAAAUGUAAGCCAAGACGCAAAGGUAAACCGCUCAAAUUGUGCUCAAAUUGCGGCGAUAAUUGGGCGAAAUCAGUAGAAGACUGCUUUCGUAAGGAAUAUGAGCUUAAGGGUCAGAGCAGGAAAGAAUUGGGUCAGAUUGAGAAAGCUCGCUACUGGACGUGUUUCGGCUCGGUGAGAAAAUGUAAGCCAAGACGCAAAGGUAAACCGCUCAAAUUGUGCUCAAAUUGCGGCGAUAAUUGGGCGAAAUCAGUAGAAGACUGCUUUCGUAAGGAAUAUGAGCUUAAGGGUCAGAGCAGGAAAGAAUUGGUCGUGAACUAUACGAAAUACGUGCUGACUGUGCAAUGCUGCUUUAUUGCCGAUUAG